AUUGAAGAAUUGAUGUCAACAUUGUCAACUCCGGUUCAUCGUGCAAACUAUUGGUGAUGGUUGGCACGUCCAAGAUUAGGCCCACAUCGAAGACAUCAGACGGAAACAGACGAAGAAACCAUUAAUUGGCAUUUGAAGGAGAGGCAGAAAAGAACAAAGAGGUUCAAAGUCAAAGAAGCUGUCCUUCAUUAAUUUAGUUGCUGUUAUUGUGUGUAUAUAAGGAUAGAGUUUGAGUGUUUUGGGACCAAAACAACAUGGGAAAACCACGUAUCGGACUGUGCUUUGGUCACGCCACGCCUCGUGUUCGAGCCUGUUCUGCGUCUACUUUUCGCUCCAAGUCCCCCUCCUCUGCUUCCACCAAAUAUGCAAACAGAACUGAGUUUUCAGGCGACCACUCUAACGGGGCGGAAGCAGGCAACAAGAUAAUGGUGGUUGUGGAUUCUAGCUUUGAAGCUAAAGGGGCUCUUGAUUGGGCACUUUCUCACACUGUUCAAAGCCAAGACACUCUUGUUCUUGUUCAUGUCACCAGACCCAAAAUGGAAGAUAGGGAAUCUGGUGGGAAGUUUAAUGUGAAGGCUUAUCAACUUCUCCUUGAUAUGAAAAGUAUGUGCGAAAGGAAGAGAGCAGGGGUGAUGGUGAAUGUAGUGAUGUUGGAAGGAGAGGAAAAGGGUGUUGCCAUAGUGGAAGAGGCAAAGCAACAAAGGGUGUCAUUAUUGGUUGUGGGACAAAGAAAACGGUCCUUCUUACGAUGCAUCUUGCGAACAUGGAUACGAAAAGGAACAAGACCUGGAUUCGUGGAGUAUUGUAUACAGAACUCACCCUGCAUCACAAUUGCCAUCAGGAGGAAGAAUAAGAAACAUGGAGGCUACUUGAUUACUACCAAACGUCACAAAAAUUUUUGGCUUUUGGCUUAGUUUUCUCUCUCUCAAUUUCCUCCUUCUUCCUAUUGUUUCCUCAAACUUUUACUCUACUUGAAAUUAAAUUAUAAAUAUACCUUUACUUGUGCAUUUUACAAAUACUCCUUUAAAAACUUGCAAGUGAAAUGCAUGACGUUUAAUACUACUAUAAAGCAUAAAGCAUAAGCUUGCACGGCAU